CACCUUUUCUCAAAGGUUUGUUCUCUUCUUCCUCCAUAAGAACAACACUUCUCUCUCUCUCUGUAUCUAUCUUUUUCUCUCUCUCUCUGUCUUCCGGUCUGGCUAACAUUCAGGAAACUCUGGAGGAGACCAGAAACAAGAGGGUGGUGCUCGCCCUGUAUGAAGCCUUGAGCUCCCGCGACGUGGAUUUGGUCCAGAAACUUCUGGCCUCUGACCUAGAGUGGUGGUUCCAUGGUCCGCCGUCCCACCAGUUUUUGAUGCGCAUCCUCACCGGCACUGCAACCGCCGGCGAUUCCUUCCGAUUUGAGCCCCUCAAAGUCGACGCCAUUGGCCCCACCGUGUUCGUCGAGGGCCAAGACCUGUCUCGCAACAUCACCUGGGUCCACGCCUGGACCGUCACGGAUGGGAUAAUCACCCAGGUCCGCGAGUACUUCAACACCUCCCUCACCGUCACUCGCUUCGGCAACCAUUCCGCCUCCGCCGCCGCCGCCGCUAUCACUCCCCUCCACUGCCCUUCUGUCUGGGAGAGCAGCCUCCCCAAUCGGGUUGGGAAAUCGGUCCCGGGUCUCGUCCUCGCAAUCUAACCCGACCCGAUCCAUUCCCAUAAAUAAAAAAUAAAAAGCGCGUGUUUUUAUUUCGUAUGGGCUGAAGGGGCACCGUCGGAUCUUGCGUCUGCGAGGAUGUGAGAUGGACGGCUAGGAUUCGUCGUCCCUGUUUCGUUUGACGUUUUUAGUUUGUGUUUUGGUUUGCGUUGCGUGUGGAGUCCGACCGGCCAUGAUGGUCCGACGACGACGACACGCAAUAUGCGUGUCGGAUGAUACGUACGAUGUAUCUCGUGUUUGGUUUGCAAUAAACUCGUGUUUGUUGGAUUGGCUAA